AUGGACGGCAGCAGGAAGGUGUUUCGGGGGGAAAUCGAACGGGACAUACCCAAGCGACUGGGCUUCAUCAUAGACAACAGUCCCGACCAGGUGCCGGCGUGCAUUCUGAGCCAGUUUCUGUACUUGGGCUCGCAGGAUUGCGUUCGAAGGGAGGUUUUUGAAAAGUACGAGAUUAGUCACGUCUUGAGCGUUGGAAUAGAGACUCCUCCGUUCGAAGGUUGUCCCCAGGUUCGGUGUAAAUUUAUCGAGUGUUUGGACUUGCCGGAGACGGACCUUGCCGUGGUCAUCAAGCAAUCGAGUGAAUUUAUCGAGGGAUGUCGCCGGGACGGGGACGCGUUCUUGUUCACUGUAACGCAGGCGUUUCCCGGUCAACGUCGGUCGUCAUCGGUUAUCUAA